GUGCAGCUGCGAACCAGCAAUUCUGAAAGCUGGUGGUGUCCAGCUCUGAUCACUAUGUACACAGAGAGGGCACUGACCACUUGGUUCAUCUCUGAACGCAACAGCAGAGCAUAGAUCAGAUGUCAGGGAGUGGGAGUGAGGAGGGGAGCUGUAUUAGUAAAGACAAGGCAAGGAGUCAUGUGAAUGGAGACAGCAGAAGGAGAAGACAUAGUACAGAGUGUGUAAACAGCAUGCAGCUAACCAAGUUGUGCUCUCUCAGAGAAAACCAGCAGCAGGAUGGCUGAAACCGAGCGUCCAGGAAGUGCCAUGAGUCAGGCAUCUAGCACUGGCACAAUCUCCUCAGUGACUUUGGGGUCAAAGACCAUAGACUCAAAAGUCCAUAACUUUGGCAAGAGGAAGUUUUCAGUAAGGAGAGAUCCAAACUGCCCUGUUGUAAUUCGUGGCUGGCUGUUCAAGCAGGACAGUGCAAAACUUAAGCUCUGGAAGAGAAGAUGGUUUGUCCUCUCAGAUUAUUGCCUUUUUUACUACAGAGAUAGCCGUGAGGAAACUAUUUUAGGAAGCAUUCCUUUACCAAGCUACAAUAUUCAAUUGUGUGACUCAAACGAAUGCAAAAAUAAGAAAUUUGCCUUCAAGGCACAACAUGCUGGUAUGAGAACAUACUUUUUCAGUGCUGAGACUCAAGAAGACAUGGCUGGGUGGGUGAGAGCGCUGAAAUUGUCAGCCAACCUAGAUAAGGAGCAAACAAGCCUUACCAAAGAUUACCCCAGCUACCAAGAUUUUACUCAGCUUGAAGAAAGUUGUCUGUCUCUGGACUUUGCCAUCCCUAAUACUUUAAGGGAUAAUUCAGCUCCUCUAAGUGGUACAGAGCUGGGAAAUCAGACAGAUACUCUGAAAGAUUCAGUCAUCAUGAACCCUUCCAAGGAGCAAAUGAACAAAGAAGAGAGCAAAAGUGGUAAAGAAAAACAAACAAGCCAAACUCAACUUGGAAAUGAUCAUGCCACAUUACAAGUCUCUGGGCACCUAAACAAUGGGGCAGGUAUCUGCAAAGAAUAUGAACAACCAUCUUCACUGUUGUCACCUUCACACCAGUGGGACAACAAUUCUAUAGAAGAAACUCCACCCUUGCAAGUGCAAAAUCUUGGCUUACGUCCAUCAACUCACUUAGGCUCAAGACCUCAUACCCCAGUUGGAAGAGUGGAUGUGAAACCACAAGGUGACUCUGGCCAGACUUUGAGCCAACCAUAUACUUUUGUAUCCCUCUCCCCAUUCCCUGCCAAUAUGUUGUCAAACCAGCCUCAGGACCAAAGACAUUUUUCACACAAGCCUCCUCCUUGUUUCAUGAAUCCUCAGCACAUGUCCAUACCCCAACAUUUUAUCGGAAAGGCAGUGUCUUCAUCGACUGGUUGCAAUUCUUUGCCUCCACUGCCCCCAACUCGGGCAUCUCCUGGUCAGAUAUCAAGGCUUUCAUUGACCUGUAAUUCCUCAAAACUGCUGGCAUCAAAUUCUCAGUUUUGCCAUAAGAAAGUGCAACAUCAAAUCAGAGCCUCUGAAUGUGAUGCUAAUCUUUUGCUAACUCAGCUGUGUGGUCAAGACAGAAUUAUGCAAAGCCUAUCAUUUGAGAGGACUAAGCUAUGUACAGACAAGGAAAGUCUGGAGUGUGCUCUUAAAAUAAUUCACCUUCAGAUUCAAGAGCAACAAAACCAAGAAGUGGAUGCUAGUCGAGCUACGAGCAUUGAGGGAUUAAUGUUUCAACAAGCUAUGCUGCAGGAAGAACUUGUUCAAACUCAUGCCAAAAUCUGUGAUGUGACCAUGGAAAUGGACAGGGCCUGGGAAGAGUAUAAGCAUCUUGAGAGUGAGCUGUAUGUUCUGAAAUCACAUUUAGAACACAUCUGCAUGUUUGGAAGACCUCAGGAGAAAGCUGAUGCACACCGGCAACUCUGGAUAAUAGAAGAUGUCCUGAUUGAGCUCUGUACCAAUAAGAGUAACUUUCACUUUGCUGUGGAUUCUCACACUCAAACACUUCCAUCCUCCAUUUUGCUUCAUGAGCUCAUCCAUCAUCCUGGUGAACCCAGCAGGCCUCCAAAGAAGGCUACUCUGGAAUCCCAAAGCUCACAUGCCCACAAGCCUGCCCUGCUCCAAUCAAGAUGUCCUUCUAUCUAUGAUCAGAGACCUGGUCAACCGGAUCUCAUGUACUUGGUAGACCCAGUGCUUCCAGUCUCACCAGCUUCUAUAUGCAGCUCUAAUUGGACUCACAAUGUACCCGUUAACAAGGAUAUCAAUCAACAAAAGGUCUGCAUGAGUGUAGAAGAGCAGCUGGAAAGAAUGAAUAGCAAUCAGGAGAGGUCAACAAAUAGCUCUCUUCAUCCUCAACUGGUUCAGAGGUCAUUCCAGCACAAAAAACAGAAAGAAGAACGACUGGCAAAUCCUGACAGUUGUCAGCAUAGCCGAAUCAAGACUGGCUUCCUACCCAUGGUUCUGACUGCCCAUCAUGUUUCUCUGGAAGAACCAUGCAGCCUGCCAGAGGAAAUUGCAGCUCCACAUCCAGACACCAUCUCUACUUCAGAUUCUGCUCAUGUGUGCAAUAAGAGUCAGAAGGUGGUUACAGAGAAUAUGGCAAAUAUAGUGACUGAUGGUCUUACUGUGCUGCUUCCUGAGCAGAGUCCCAUCUCUAUUCCCACUGGCACAGGAACCAAAUGCUCUGUGUCUUAUGAUGUAAAUAAAAGCAAACAACACACACUAUCAGGAGAUAAAGUGGACAAUGGACAAAUCUACGAGGAUAAGGGACCAAUGCUGUCCCUUAGUUACAGGCAGAAGAUCAGUUUGCCUAAGACUGUUAUCCAGCCCCCUUUCGUGAACAAGGUGUCAGAUCACAAGAUGACAGUUGAUAAUCUUGAUGCCAAACAGAGAAGAAUGGAGAGGAUUUCAAAUUUUCAUUCAAAGAGAAACUGAAGCAUUUAUAUAUUUCUGGCAAAAGAAGAAUAAAUCAGAACAAAGAAGAAUUGUCUGAGACACGGGACUGUUGCCUGUUUCUUUUAUACUUUUGACAAUAUCGCUGUGGCUACACCCUGUAGCAACAGUGAAUUGUACUUGGCCCAGGUUCCCCUAGGCCUGAGGUUGGUAACAACUGGGGGCUUGCCCGGGAUCAGCACCCUGUCGUGGAGACAGUCAUCACUACGCCUGGGAAUUCCUGUUGUGAAGUUUCAGGGAGGACUCCUGUAGUUGUGUCAUCCAGAGAGCCCAGCCUCAGGUACAGAAGGAAGAUAGCAACAUCCGGACCACGCAAGAUGCUGAUCUGGGAUAUCCACAGGAAAUUAAUAUUACUGGAUUACAAUCAUCUCAGCAUUCUGGCAGCAAUCAUAGAAGAUGAAGAAGGGAACGAAACUGUAGAACUCUCACAACUAGGUGAACAAGAACUUUCUUAUUUCCUUUUUGAUCUUGUUAAGGGUGAUAACUUGAGAAAUUUGGAGGACGAAGGCAUGUCACACCUACUUCACUUCCAGAAUAUGAUUUCACAACUCCUAACCGGAAAGGAUUUCACCCCUGCUAGGAGUAAGGAUUGUACAGGUGUCAUCACCACAGGACUGGAUCAGGAUACUCAUUUGAGCCAAGCUAAACAUCUUGGCACAACGUUUGAAAAUAGGAGGAACUCUGGGGACUCAGGCAAAGGACACCUCAUCUUAUAUCACUUCAGAUCAAGUGGUAAGUCUUACUGAUGUUGCUGCUUUUCUGCCUCGCAGGGAGUUCAAAGUCCAUGGUGGCCAAAUCUAUGAUAGGGGUUCUUAAAUUUUAUACAGUAACCUUUGCAAACAAAUAGAUGUAGGCCUACACGAGGGAUUUACUGAGUCUGAAAUUGUUAAGUCAGUACUAAAAAUAGUUAAACCAGGUAUCUUCAAAAAUUUUCUCAUGAGUAGAGAUAAUCUCACAUUAGAAGAACUCAAACGAUUUCUUAGGCUAAACAUUAGGGAAAAAAGCAGCACAGAACUGUUUCAGGAACUAAGCAAUACAAAGCAACAAGAUAGGGAAGCACCUGAAGAAUUUGUAUAUAGAAUAAUGGAUCUUCAAUAGUGUGUGCUGCUCGCAUCAGAGCAGCAUGGAGCUGAAUUCAGUUAUGACAAAAAAUUAGUGCAGGGCAUAUUUCUUUAUACCCUUUAUCAAAGGUUGAAUGAGAAAAAUAACAACAUCAGACAAGACCUAAAACCAAUUCUCACUGACCCGAAGGUGACUGAUUUUGUAAUAAUAGAGCAGAUAAUUAGAUCGACCAGGGAAGAAGCAGAAAGAAUAAAGCGACUCAACUCACUGAGUAAACAUAGGUCAGUCACUGUAAAUUCAGUAGAGGCAAAAGAGGAUUCACAGGCUAAUCAGACUAAAGUGAGUCAGGCAAAUGAUAGGAUGCAAGUGGACAGUGCAGCUGUUAAGCAGUUAACAGCUCAAGUGUCUGAACUAGCAAAGAAAUUUAAAAUCAUUGUGAGUCUUAACGAUAAUGAUAAUAUGACAACUAUCUAUGCACCUCAAGCUGAAAGUACAACUAUUGAGCAGCUAACAGCUCAAGUAUCUGUGCUAGAAAUUUUGAAAAGAUUGUGAAGCAAUUAAUAGCACGAGCGUCAGAACUAACAGAACAUUUUGGAAACACUGUGAAAUAUACUGAUACCAAUAGUUGGAGAGCCGUUCGUGCACUUCCACAUCUGGACUCUCAGGUAUCAAGUCUUAGUCCCAAACAAAGAUGCAGAUGAUGUGUCCAGCAGGGAAAAGAAUUGUGCCCCCACUGUUUCCACUGUGGUCAGAUAAGACACAGAACAGCUGGCUGUACCAAGAGGCGGGAAUCGGGAAACACAAGUAACAGGUCCUCUCAGACUGAGGAACCCACAACGCGACACAUCUGUCUAAGGACUGUCAAUGACUUACCUAUUGAAAGAAACACUAAAUUGAACACAGUGAAAAGGUAAAUGCAGAGACCAACAAGAAAAUAUAGUGAGACACCACACUCAGCGUCUGAUCACUUCCGAUAUGGCCUCCGCCGCUUGCCACACUUUACUGUACAUGUCAGAUCUGAGGUCACAGAACCUGAGUCACGCUCCUGGCUCAGAGCCAAGGCCCAAGAGUUCUACCCUGAACCAUGACAACCUGACAGAAAUCCUUCGCAAGGAACAUCAAGGGAACAAGGACUGGUAAUGGAGACCAGUGUUGCUAAACCCCAAGUGGGGAAUAUUGAUGAAGUAGUGGAACCCACAAAUGGUUAAGAAGACCUAGCAACAGAACACCAGAGUGACAGAGAAGGGGGCACUUUAAGAAGAUCAGCUCGCACUGUCAGACCCUGAGAAAUAUUCACAUACCACAGACUGGGGCAGCCAUCAUGCCAGCCUUGGAAUCCUAGUGUCUAUGCAGUUAUACAGAACCCUAUGUAUCCGUUACCAAGCCACACAAUAGGGUAUCCAGCAUACCCAGGAUUUGAAUAUUCCCUAAGACCACUGGUUGAAACACAAUAGACACUGAAUCAAAGGCCGAGCCGUUAAAGCAAGAUGUCAGGAGAGGUUAUUGUUGGUGGUUAUCUAAAGUAUAUAAAUAUUUACCUGCCUGGCUAAACAGUCAGACUGCUUUGAUUAAGUAUCUCAUCCACACACAAUGUGGUGAUAACAGAACUGUCUGCUUGCUUUGAAAAUUAACGAGAUCUGGGGAAAUUGGUUUCUAAUCAAGUACUUUUUGGUAGCUGGCCACAGUACCAUUGUUGAGCCAAUGUAAAUGUGCUUACACUAUUUGUUAUGCAGAGGAAAUUGGCUUGCACCAUUGUUUCACUGAUUGCCAUGUUGAUCUAUGCAGAAACUGAAGCAUUUAUAUAUUUCUGGUAAAAGGAGAAUACAUCAGAACAGAGAAGAAUGGUUUGAGACACGGGACUGUUGCCUGUUUCUUUUAUGCUUUUGACCAUAUCGCCGUGGCCACACACUGUAGCAACAGUGAAUCGUACCUGGCCCAGGUUCCCCUAUGCCUGAGGCUGGUAACAGUGACAGUUGAGAUAACAGAAGGAAUGAAAAAAGUAGGCUGGUGGGAGAAAAAUGCACUAUCUCACCAUCACAGUUAAUAUGCAGCCUGAUCUCCACCUGUCUCAGUGUCUUAAAUAUUCUAAGGGAAAGAUAAUUUCUUAAUUAAUUUUGACAUGCUGCAAUUAAUUUUGCAGCUGAAAAAUAAUUAUGCUUGUGAUAUUAACUCUAUAACUAAUUCUUUGUUUAAGCAAGUCAUCUUUUUGUGUCUGUUUGAAUAAUAUGUUUCUGUUUAAACAGUGAUUACGCAUCAUGAUUUUAGAAAACUGAGAACGUUAUUUUCAAAGACAAUUGGAAUUUAAACAUUUUGAGUGCUUUAAAAAUAUACAUUUAAAUCUGUAAAAAAGUAUAAGAUCUAUUCCUGAUGCAUUCUACACUGUACAAAGAAUUAAUAACCAAAUGCAGUGCCCAGCACAAAACUGUCAUUUUAUGAAUCAGAGUCUUGCAUCAUUAUGGUUUUAUCAAUAUUUGGCAGAUGUUAAAGCUGAAACUUCAAUUGCAUUUUUCCUUUUUUCUGUCUGUAAUUUUUAAGACAUAAGUUGUCACACUCCCUGAAUCAGUAUGUGUAUAUAUUAAGUUUUCAUAUGAUCUUAAAUCAUAAAUACAAACACAAUGUUUAAUUUCAAGAACAAUAUUUUAAAUGUAAUGACUUUUAAAACAAAGUUUAUGGUUUACAGUCCUACUUGCUUAAAUACUUCAAGAAUUAUUUGAUAUUUAUUAUUUUUAUGUAUUAUUUUUAUUUCUUUUUACUUUUGGCUUGUUUUACCAUUUUUCUUGUGUCUCUUUUCAUGUGCCCAUUGUGCACAUCAUUUAAGGCAUUCUUUAUGUGCUUUGUAUUUGUUGUGGCAUUUUAUAUAAUGUAUUCUUUAAAGCUUGUGACAUUUCUGUUUG